GUUUGCAGCUGUUUGCGUCAUUGAACUACGACACAAGCCAGUCUCCUGUAUGUAACUGUAUUCUUCAAUUUCGUAACAUAAUGUAGUUAUAUUUUGGCCCCAAAACUACACAUCAUGUACAAAAAGGCCUAUUUUCUAGCAAUGGAUGUAACAUAAGUUUCAAUGUUGUUGUACGAACUGCUCUGCGACUGCAGUCUACUUGGGGAUAAUCAACCGUUUUUCACCGUUUUUACAAAUUUAGCAAGGUAUUAGGUAUUGGUUCUAAAUUUCAGGAAUGACGGUGGUAAAUCUGUCCUUCGCUGCGUGUGGGUUUUUGGGCAUCUACCACCUGGGAGCUGCUGGGGCUUUUUUCCGUCAUGGGCAGAAGUUGCUGACCUGCCUCAAAUCAUGUGCGGGAUCCUCAGCUGGUGCGCUCGUUGCUGCUGUCAUUCUCACGGCCCCUGAUAAAGUCAAGCACUGUGAAGAAUUUACAUACAAUUUUGCUGAGGAUGUGCGACAACAGAGGUUUGGAGCAAUCACACCCGGAUAUAAUGUCUUAACCAAGCUAAGGGAAGGGAUUGAAGAGAUGCUGCCAGUUGAUGCUCAUAGUCAGGCUUCUGGUCGCCUCUAUGUCUCAAUGACACACUUCAGAAGUGGAAAGAAUCACAUUGUUUCCCAGUUUAACUCUAGGGAGGAGCUGAUACAGGCACUCUUGGCCAGUAGCUUUGUGCCAGUCUAUGCGGGGCUCCAACCCGUGGAGUUCCGUGGACAGAAAUGGAUUGAUGGGGGCUUCACUGACAGCCUACCAAUCAUGCCUUCGGGCCGAACCAUCACAGUUUCACCAUUCUCUGGGCCGCAGGAUGUGAGUCCAUUGCACAAGGGCUAUGCGUUCAAGACUCAACUCAAGCUGGCCAAUAUGAACAUAAUGUUCUCCAUGGAAAACAUCAAACGACUGAACCAGGCUUUAUUCCCACCGUCUACCAAUGGAAUGAAGUCCCUCUGUCAGGAGGGUUUUGAUGAUGCCAUGAGGUUCCUGAAGACAGAGAGUUGGAUGAGCUAGAGGUCUUGGAGCCAGAAAAUCAUUUGUGUCAAUUGAACAAUGAAUAACUGUACUGUAGGUUCUAGACCAGGGAUCAGGAACCUACGGCUCGCGACUCUGGCUCUUUUGACGGCUGCAUCUGGCUCGCAGACAAAUCUUUAAUUAUUUAAAAAAAAAAAAAAAAAAGUUUCGUUCUACUCCUUUGCGCUUUUAACGCCAUCCCCAAAGACCCGCUGCCCUGUUUCAAUAUGAUCGGCAUUGCCCAUUUAGUGCAGAAGAAGUGGGCGAGGGUAAGUGGAGAGAGACAGGUGGAGAGAGCGUUGCGCGGGAGUCCUGUGUUGAGUCGCUGGAUGUCCCCCACUUGUUUUUAUGUUAAAAAAGUCUCUGAAAAAAAGCCAUCUUACAUGUCUAUGUGUUUUUAUACACUACGCCACCUCCCCAAAGGAAGAACCGGAGAUGGGAGUGACGACCAUUUUUUUUCUCUCGCUUUGGAUAAGUCAACAGACAUAAGCAACAUAUCCCAGUUCAGCGUGAUUGCAAGGUUUUGAUUAUGAAAGGGGCAACAAGAAGGGAGGAUUUAUUCUAAUCCUCCACUGAGUUUGCUAAAGAAAAAAAAUUAAAUCUACCAAUGGAUAAACUUUUUUCGUAAACACGAAAAGAGACGCAUCCUAAGUUUCUCUCAAUCAUCAUAAUCAUGCAACAGCAUAAAAAUGUAAAUAAAAAGAAUUCAGAGGCGUAUUUUACUUUAAAAGUUACAUAUAAUGCACACAUUACUUCUAUUCAUAGUUUAAAACAUAUUGUAUGGCUCUCACGGAAUUACAUUGAAAAAUAUUUGGUGCUCAUGGCUCUCUCAGCCAAAAGGUUCCCGACCCCUGUUCUAGAUCAGGAGUCCCCAACCUUUUUUGCACCACGGACCGGUGGUAUUUGGGUCUUUUUUUCACGGAGCGGAGUUGUGACAAAUUUUGCAACCCAUCAAAAAUUGCAACUAGGCAGUUCCGCGCAUGCACGUAACGUUAAAAAUGGCCUCAAAAGCAGCGAUUUCAAAGUCAACACUACAAACUUUCUUUAAAAAAAGGAAUAUUAACUUACGUUUAAUCACAGACAUGUAGAAAAAUGUUCUCCUCAGACACAUUAUGCCAUAUUAGCUGCACACAACUGCAGACCGCUCCCACCGUUAACGACUUCGCCGUGCAUUUAAGCAUUAAUUAAGAAGCCCGCUCCACAAAGAUACGAUGUUGAAAAUUGUAGCAAGGUUUUCAAUGCCCUCGUAGCGAUGUCAGGAUAUUCUGGAAUGAUUUUAAUCUAGAUCCUCAGUAUAGUUGUUGUCUCAAAUGUACGUUGAAGGUCGCCGUCAUCUGCGAGCUCUACAAGCUGAUCCUCCUGUUGCACAGACAUGCUCGAAUCACUCUGUUUAUUCACAAACGGGUCACAAAUUCACUCCCUCGCAGUUCGUAGGUCUUCGAGGUUGUAGGCUCAUCUUCUGCUCGUCAGGUGCCCUUUUCGCCGUGAAUUAUCUCCCGAAAGACGCCUGUUUUUCAGUCAUCUUCGCUCGUGUCGAAAUGCCUCUUCUGAAGACGGUACACAAGAAAGCCCGCAAACAGUUUGCCGAAGACAUGUCAACAAAGCACAUCGAUUACUGGAACCAUAUCCUAUGGUCUGAUGAGACGGUAGAGCUGGGCGGUAAACCGAAAAUUUACCGUCACCGAAAUUCUUCACGAUGACCGACGUAAUUUUGACCAUGUCGGUAAAUUUGGUAAAUUAAUAAAACAAGAAAAUAGGCUUUUCAUCCCGCUUUGACUCUGUGUUGUUCGUCUAUGUUCAUCCCCCUUUAAGAAACCAGUCAAUGUACUUACGUAGGGAGUCACGUGAUCAUCAGGAAGCCAAUCAAACAGAGGCCCGGUAAGCUAACGCUAGCAGCUAACGCUACAAGCAAAACGUGAUGGAGUGUGGCUUAAGGGAGGUUCGCCAAACUUUCACCCGAUAUUUAGUAGACUCUUGGUGGCAUCCUGACGGGCUUUCACCCGCUGUCCUCCCUUGUUCUCACAAUUUCCGGAGAUGGUGCUUUCAGUGCUUUCUACUGGUAGCCAGGCCACAGUCUAACGUUAGCGGCUAACGCUAGCGGCCGCUAGCGGCUAACGCUACAAAUGAACGUGAUGGAGUCGGAUAGCGGCUCUAACCUUGUCGAAAUGGCUGAACUUAAUGAGUGGAUUGGGCACGGACUGCAUCUAGGAAUUACUAUGUCGCGUUAUUAUGUAUCUGACUGUGUGUGAUUUCUCUGAUAGCUUUUUUGAUGGUAAAGCAUUCAGCAUAAAGCACAAUCCAACGGUGAAACUUAUAAUAUGGCUGAGAAAUGGCCCCAGCUAUUUUUCUGUAUGUGCUUAAUUCUGUGUCAUUAUUGCUAUCAUAAAAUCUUAAGUGUUUCAUUUGCAGAAGAUCAAUAUAGCUUUAAUGUAUGUCUGUUUGGGGGUUCAUGUAUGCGUGCAUAUAUUAAAAAAUGCACUGGGGGGAACCUGAAACCAUAAAGUAAACACUUGUAUUGAAUAAUUAUGUCACAGCAGCCAUUAACAAUAAAUUGUCUUUUUGAAGUGUACUGUUCAAGCUGCAAGUCAUUUGUGUUACAAUGACAUGUUUGCACAGGCAUAUUGAUUUUGACAAUGUACAUUGUUCAAGCCAUACACGCUGUUAUAAAUGCUCAUACUUGAAUUCUUAUUGUUUACAAUACAUUUUAAUAAACUUAAUGUUUAGACUGCAUGUACAAUUGUUAAAUAUAUCAAAUUGAAUGCUGGUAACUAAAUCAAGAAACUGUUAAUCUGUAUUUCAUGCAUUGAUUCAGAUUUUCAAAUUAUAUAACAGUCCGCUUGGGCGACUUUAUCGUCAU